UUCAACUGCUCAAUGAUGCCGGCGACUUCGGCCUCCCUGCAGGCCCUUUCGGCCUCAGCUGUAGGGACUGGUCGAUGGGACUUCCCGGGCGGGGGAAGGACGUGGUCCCGCAUAUACUGUAUCAGCGCAGGCUCAUCGCCGAACACCCAUUACGGGAGAGGGGGUGACCAAGGGCAUGCGCUGGCUGGAGCUACUUGUGAUAAGGGGACCUCUCUCUCUGGGCUUGAGGAAGAAGAAAAGGUGGCUUCAGCCGGAAUACUCACAUCCGAUUCUUCUGUAGGAAUCUCGGCCCAGGAUCCCCAUGUCCUGUGGAUCCUGUACUGUGUUCCUGAGGAGAUGAUGAGGGUUGUGAAUAUGGCUUCUGAGUCUGGUAUUUUUAGGAUGAAGGUGAUAAGAAGUGUCUGGACCAUGCUGGGACCUGUUCUCCUGAUGCUGGGACUUCUGGUAUUUAUUCAGUUACCAGGAGGACAGACAUAUGAAGUCAUCUUUCCUCUGAAGCUACACUCUGUAUACAAGAGAGAAACCCAGAGCAUUUAUCCAGACGUUCUUCAGUAUGAGAUACCCCUGGGUGGAAACCCCAGAAUUGUUCACAUUGAGAAGACAGAUGGUCUGUUUGCCGAGAAUUAUACAGAAAGCCAUUAUCUGGAGGAUGGCAGUCUAGUAACAAGCAGUCCUGAGCACCAGGAUCACUGCUACUACCAGGGGCAUGUAAAGUAUGAGAACAACUCAAUGGUCACCCUCAGUACAUGUAAUGGGUUAAGUGGCCUUAUCCAGACACAAGAGCGGAGGUUUUACAUUGAACCCCUACGGUUAACAGAUACUGAGGAACAUGCAGUAUAUGAGCAAGUGGAAGAACCCAUUAAAACUUGUGGUGUCAGUGACGACCCUCCACCAAAGAAGCCGCCAUCCAUUGCAUCAGCUCGGGCUUUAGAUGUGGAGAAAGAAAAUCUUUGGAAUGCGAAAAAAUACAUUGACUUGUUCAUGGUGGCUGAUCAGAGUAUGUACAAUAAAUAUAACCGCAAUAUACAGAGUGUUAAACAGCGACUGUUUGAAAUCAUCAAUUAUGUGAAUAAGGUUUAUAAAAACAUCAAUAUUUUUGUUGCCCUCAUUGGGAUCGAAAUCUGGGACUCUGCAGAUCAGAUACAGGUGGUCUCCAAUGUCAGCGUUCUCCUGACAAGAUUCAGUGAGUGGAGGAUUCAGACCCUGCUGCCCAGGAAGCCUCAUGACAAUGCCCAGUUUAUCACGCAUGUCGACUUCAUUGGUUCUACAGUUGGAUAUGCAGGUUUGUCUGUGAUGUGUGACGUAUAUUCUUCUGGAAUUAACCAGGAUCACACUAACAAUGUUGCUGCUAUUGGUGCCACAAUCGCUCAUGAGAUGGGCCAUAACCUAGGGAUGCCUCAUGACAAAACUGGCUGUACAUGCGGAGCUUCUCCCUGUAUCAUGGCUCCAGCUCUCAGCUCUCAAAUUCCACUCGUGUUCUCCAGCUGCAGCAUCAGUGAUAUGAAGAGUUUUAUCUACAAUAACUAUCCAGACUGCUUGUUAAAUGUGCCGCAGGCAUCUCAGCUGUUAGCUCCUCCCAUCUGUGGUAAUAAAUUCAUUGAAAGUGGGGAGCAGUGUGACUGUGGGGAACCCCAGGAAUGUACUAGUAAAUGCUGUGAUGCAGAAACUUGUAGACUGAAGUUGGGAUGUCAAUGUGAUGAUGAACUCUGCUGUGAAAACUGUAAGAUUAAACCUGCUGGGACUAUAUGUAGACCUGCCAUAGAUGAGUGUGACCUCACUGAUAUGUGUGACGGGACGUCUUCUGCAUGUCCAAAGGAUAGUUACAGAGUAAACGGCUUCCCAUGCAUGGAGGGAGAAGGAGCUUGUUACCAAGGAAAGUGUCCACUACUAAGCAGCCAAUGCGUUGCCCUCUGGGGUCCAGGAUCCAUUGCUGGAUAUAAUAAGUGUUUUCAACUGAAUGAACAAGGCAACAGAAGGGGAUACUGCAGGAAAGAGGGGGAAACAUACUUUGCAUGUGAGAAGGAGAAUGUAAAGUGUGGACUUCUCUAUUGUGUCGGUGGUGAAGAUACUCCGAAGAUCAGAGGCGUUAUUAUUACUUAUUCUGAAUGUAAAACUAUUGUAUUCGAUGGUGGACUUGUUGCUACAGGGACAAAGUGCAGUGAUACAAAUGUCUGUAUCAACGCAAAAUGUUCCAACAUGGAAGAAUCCUAUAUGACAGCAGGAUGUGAGGCCAAAUGUACAGGGCAUGCGGUUUGUGAUCAUGAUCUUCAGUGCCAUUGUGAGGAGGGCUGGGUACCCCCUGACUGUACAGUCCAGAUAGAUACAAGUAAUGUCGGCUUCCCACCAUCUUCUGUUCUGAAGAGUUUGUGUUCAUGGUGGUGGACAUUACUGUUAUCCCUUUUCUCCAUACUGGUGUCAGUCUGCUGGAACUGAUUCAAAGGAAACAGAGAGGAUCCAGUACGACUGCAGCUACUAAGGAUACACCAGGGAGACCUGCGGAUACUGACAUUGUCACCUUUGUUGUUCUUUUUCAGUUAUGGUUUAAACAGGGGUACUCCGGUGAAAACCUUUUUUCUUUUAAAUCAACUGGU